AUGCUUGUUGGAGGAUUUGGUGUUCUGCUCUUCGUCCGACUGCUUCGCCAACUCUGCGGCCAGUUCCUUUGGAACGUCCUUCUCUACUGCACAACCAUGGUUGUUCAUUUAGAUUCCGGAGACGAACUUUACCUGGCGUUGUGGUGGCUCUACCACAAGAAGAAAUUGCGCAUGAGGACCAACGAAUAUUAUUAUGGCUCUAUCACAGACAUGAUCAAUGCAUCGCCGGAGAACCAACUCCAUUUGGGCCUAGCCAGUCGUGGCAGGAAUGGCAAGCUCGUCCUUGUACCGGAUCCGACGAAUAUGGCAUUGCACUACAGGGGCCGGAGCUUCUUUCUUCGCCCCGUUUCGGAGGGAGAUGCCUGUACGAUCCGUUGUCUGGGUUGGUCUAUCAAACCGAUUGAAGAUCUCCUUGACGAUGCGUACGAGGGUUACAAAGCCGACAUCGCUAGAUGCUCGAUCUCACUCUAUACCCCCUCUACGGAUCCAGGAAAGUGGAAUUCUUGCACACCGGUCUCUGCCCGGAGCCUUGAAUCAGUCGAGACAGGGUUUCAGGUCAAGACGGCUCUUCUUGCCGACAUUGACAGAUACUUGAACGGCAAAGACUGGUACAGAAGACGGUCCAUACCGUGGCGAAGAGGCUACUUGUUCCACGGGCCACCUGGCACGGGCAAGAGCUCGUUGGUGACAGCCCUUGCUGCGCAUUUCCAGCUGCGAGUAUAUGCGAUUACUUUCUCGGACGGGCUCACCGACGGUGUGCUUCAUCAAUUACUGCGUCGGAUCAGUCAAGUCAAAUGUAUUGUGCUUUUUGAAGAUAUUGACAGUGCUGGUUUGACGAGGGAAGGUCAAGAUGUUGAUAGGGGUGAAGUCCCUGAUCAGACCGAGCCCAACGAGAAGUCGGAGGAACUUUCGGAUCCUCCGAGACCCCUCAAGAGCCGCAAGAGGUGCGCUGUCACUCUCUCCGGUGUCUUGAAUGCGAUUGACGGCAUCGGUGCUCCCGAAGGCCACAUUCUGAUCCUAACGAGCAACUACGCCGAACGCCUUGAUCCUGCGCUGACCCGUCCUGGCCGCGUCGAUUACCGCUUGGAGUUCGAGUUGGCCACGAAGGAACAGGCUCACAACAUUUUCCUCCGGCUUCAGGCGAGCAACAGCCAUGGUGAAGCACGUGUCGGCCUGGAAGAGCUGGCCCAGGCCUUUGCCGACAAAAUCCCGGAGAAGGUUCUGUCGCCUGCAGAGAUCCAGGACUUUCUCCUGCACCGCCCUGACGAUCCUGAGAGGGCAGUCCGCGAAGCCGGUGAUUGGGUCAAGGGAGUGCUCGCAGCCAAAGGAAAGCAGCAGGAGAUUGUUGACGGCGAUCCGGACGGCCGCCGCGGGAACUCGUCAAGGCAGCGCCACGAGGGGCUCUGGGCUAAUAUCUUGGCUUCUAUCUCCAAAUAG